GGUAGUCCUCCAACAGUGUCUCUUGAGCAAAUAUUUCCCCACUGUAACUCAGUUCACACGCUGACGCUGGUGGGAGGAUUCAACAUAAACUGGGGAUUUAACGGGAUUCUGCGAGCAGAGUUCACACCACACAACCCGGGACACUCUUUAUCUUUGAACAUGAUUUUGGUCAAAUUCGUGUGCGCGAUCAUAACCAGAUCGCUGUUUAUUCUGGUCUCUCUCAUCGGGGUCUGGAGAGUGACAACGGUGAAAAAUGACAGUAUCUACUGGUUACUGACGGUCUUUUAUCUGCCUCUGGUCGUGGAGAUGAUCUUCACUUUAAAGCGAAGAAAGGGGAAAGAGUACAAAUGGUUUUCUCCAGCCAUCCUGCUCUUCCUCAUCAGUAUUAUUCCAUCCAUCUGGAUUCUAGAGUUGCAUCAUCAGGAGAACAAGGCCAGUGAUCCUCAGUGUAAGAAAUUGGACUCAUGGGAGAAUGUCAAGAGCAUGGUAACACCUCAGAAUGGCACCCUGGCUAAUGAAACACUCAAGAACUUGGAACGCGUUCUCACCUCUGUUUGUCCGAAUGACUGGAUCCUUGGUCUUCAUCAGGUUCUGCUCAUCCUUCUCAUCAUCGGAAAGUGGCUCCUCCCACUAGGGGGAGGAGUAACUCGCGACGAGCUGUCUCAGCUUCUGCUCAUCUUCGUUGGCACGGCAGCAGAUAUUCUGGAAUUCACCAGUGAAACACUUUCUGAUAUCAAGGACAACAGCCUUCAGCUGGUGUAUAUAAUCCUGGCAGUGUGGACGUGGAGUAUGUUGCAGUUUCCUUUACACCUGGCAGUUGUUACAUCCAGGCCACAGACCUCCGAUGAGCCCAAUGGGGAAGACGGCUGUUGUAACAGGCUCUUGUCAAGACACAGUACAGAUAUUUGGAACAUCGUAGAGAGCUUGUUUAUUCAGGAUGGGCCGUUUCUCGUAGUGCGUCUCAUUGUGAUGAUUUACUUUGAUGUGUUCCACCAGAUGUUGGUCUUUUUCGCUAUCAAGAACUUUCUAGUGGUCAUCCUCAACCUCUAUAGACUCAUCGUCAUCUGUCAAGAUUUCAGACCACCACCUCCAUCAUCUUCCUCUCUUCGAUCUAAAAGGAGGGAGGAAGCAGAGAUGGAGGAGGGCAGAACAUAGAGUAAAAGAGGGGACCAUACAGAAAGGAUACUUUUUAGUCUAUUAAAGUUAUUGAAGGAAAUGCCUCUCAAUUUAAAACCAACGUUAUGUUUACUUCCCUAAUAACAAUGCAUCUAAUAAAUGUGCUAGAUGGAUUACUUAAAACACAUUUAUGUGUGGGAUGACAGUUUUAUGAUGGUAUUUUGACUUUGAUUUAAAGUUGUCCUAUAAAAAUAGGAACAAUAGUAGACUAUCAUUCUGUGUUUCCUAUUUUUAAAAUAACACUUAAGUUUUAUUGUGCUUUUAUAUGCUAUUAGUGUUUUACAAUGUAUUUAUACCUGUCAGUAUUGUAAAAUUAUUUUCUUCUGAAAAUUUGUUUGUAUAUCAAUUUGUAAGAGGCAAACACACAGUUAUCUCUAGCACACAUGUGUGUAAAAGGGGUUUGGUCAUGCAUGAUUAUCAUGAUUCUCUCAGCAUGUGCAUUCAGAUAUGACUCUUUGAGAUUAGUAUUUGGAGUUACUCUGAUCUAAGAUCAGGUAGGUAGGUUGCUCGCUGGUAUCUGUACUUGCACUACAACAGAUCCCAGAUCAGCCUUCAAGAAACCCAGCAUUUUAACCAGAGAUGGUUACAGCACAUGUAAACAUAUCUACUUGUGAACAUGUUUGUCUUUCAGUGUUGAAAUAAAUGAUAUA